AUGAAUAAGAUUGAUGAAUUAAAACAAAUCAUUAAAAACUCAAAGUUCUAUACUGAAAUAAAACAUUCAUUACAUAAUCAUGAAUUCAAAAGAAUAAGAUGUUUGGCAUUAGGUUCACCAAUUGAAAGUUCUAACUCAAGAUAUCAAUAUGCUUUACUACUACUAUUAAUAGAAUUAUUAAAUAUCAAGGAAAUUUCAAUUUAUGAUCCAAUUUUCAACGAGAAAGACAAAGAGCUACUACGAAACUUCAAAAUAGAGGAAACUUAUCCUUAUCCAAAAGAUGAAAAUACUUUAUUUUAUAUGCCACAUCUUCCAUUAAAAAUAAUGGAACAAAUUAUAAAUACUGAGAAACCAGUAUAUUUCAUAGGAAACGAUAUUGUAAGUCAUACUGAUAGAUUGAGCAAACAGAAGCUAAAUGAAUUAUAUCCUUCGAUGUCAAUUCUAUUACACCUUUUAAAUGAUAGCACCAAUAAUGAUGGAUUUACAAAAGUAAUCAAAAGAAGAAAACAAUACAAAGAACCAGAAAUAAAUUAUGAUUAUAAUUCUGUUUAUUUUAAAGAUAUUGAAAUUAAACGAUAUUUAAACAAUUUUAAUAAAACCGAUCCUUGGGGAACAUCUUUUUCAGACUUAGCAUUUCAUAAACUUAAAAUUUAG